AUGGAUCAUCUGGGUGGUGGAUACGAGCAGUCUGCUCUUUUCAAUGCAAAUGGGCUGCUUGAUGUCUGGCACACAAAUCGAACUCCCAUCAUUCUUCUCGCGCUCGGCGGGCUUCUGCUGUUUCGCCUCUACAUCCACGUAUACGAAGAAAAACCCGACUUAAAGACGAUUCCAAAACUCUACGAAAAGGCGCCCACACAAAAGUUGGAAAAUGUGCCCCAGCGACAGGUACAAGAGAAGACCGCUGUCAAGCCCGCAGGCCCGCGUAGGAUCAAAGGCGGCGUUGUGAAAAAGCCUGAGACGAGCGAAGAACCAAUCGAUCCUACAAAACCCGUCAAAAUCCUCGUAUUCUUCUCAUCAAUCACCACAAAGACGGAAAAGAUUGGCCGGGACUACAUUGCGCAGCUUGAAAAGUCUGUCCAACAGCUCGCUGCCGAAACCAAGCACCCAGUUCUUGCGCCCGAGCUUCUCGACCUGACCGAGAUCGACUUUGACGACUACUUCAUUGCGCCACCUAAGAGCGACGAUGGAGCACAAUUUCUCUACCUCUUCCUGAUACCCAGCUAUAAUAUCGAUUCCAUCAAUGACACAUUCCUCGAGCAUCUCCAAGAGACGCACCACGAUUUUCGAAUCGAUACAGCGCCGCUCUCGCCGCUGCUGGGAUACUCGGUGUUUGGAUUUGGUGAUCGCGAAGGAUGGCCGGACGAGAGUGAAGGCUACUGCUUCCAGGCCAAGGAGCUGGACAAGUGGAUGGCGAAGCUUACCGGGCGCAAGCGAGCAUACCCCGUUGGCAUGGGCGAUAUGAAAAGUGACCAUGCUAAGCGCUUUACUGAAUGGGCGAGCGGUGUUGAGGAAGUAUUUGCCCAAGUCAUCCGCACCGGGCACCUUGGACAAGGUGUACCAGGCAGUGGCGCCGCUGUGGAGAGCGACGACGAAGCGGAAGAGGAAGACUAUGACGACGGCGAGGUGGUAUUCGACAACGAGAAGCCCUCAAAGCGUGAAAAUGGCAACAAGUCCGGUAGUCUUGACGAUGUGGAAGACCUAGGACGCAUGAUUAGGUCGCAAGGUGGUGAUGCCAAUCCGAAAGCUCCCAUAGCUGUUGAUUUUACCACCUACAACAACUCCAAGGGUACUGCGCAAAACAAGGCCAAGGAGAUGGUUGCCAAGAACUCUCCCACGUAUGCCGCCCUCACAAAGCAAGGUUACGCUAUUGUUGGAUCGCAUUCCGGCGUCAAAAUUUGCAGAUGGACCAAGUCCGCUCUGCGUGGACGAGGCAGUUGCUACAAGUACUCGCUGUACGGCAUCAACUCCCACCAGUGCAUGGAGACGACCCCAUCACUCUCGUGCUCCAACAAGUGCGUGUUCUGCUGGCGUCAUGGCACCAACCCCGUUGGCACCACUUGGCGCUGGGUCGUUGAUCCGCCAGAGAUGAUUUUUGACGGCGUCAAGGAAAAUCACUACAAGAAGAUUAAGAUGAUGCGCGGUGUACCGGGCGUUCGUGCGGAUCGUUUUGCCGAAGCUCUCAAGAUCCGCCACUGUGCGCUCUCCCUUGUUGGCGAGCCCAUCUUCUACCCCUACAUCAACGAAUUCCUUGGCAUGCUGCACAAAGAGCGCAUCUCCUCGUUUCUGGUGUGCAACGCGCAGCACCCGGACCAGCUGGCCGAUCUCAAGGCCGUGACGCAGCUCUACGUCUCCAUCGACGCCUCCAACAAGGACUCGCUGCGCAAGAUUGACCGCCCCCUCCACCGUGACUUUUGGGAGCGCUUCAACCGCUGCCUGGACAUUCUGCGCGAGAAGCGCUUUCGCCACCGCACCGUCUUCCGCCUGACCCUCGUCAAGGGCUUCAACGUCGAGGACGAAGCCGAGGGCUACGCCCGGCUCAUCGAGCAGGGCCUGCCCUGCUUCGUCGAGAUCAAGGGCGUCACGUACUGCGGGACGUCCACGUCCUCCAACGCCGGCCUCAGCAUGUCCAACGUCCCCUUUUACUGGGAGGUCUGCGACUUUGUGCGCGCGCUCGACAAGCGCCUCCAGGAGAAGGGCCUCGCGUACGGCAUCGCCGCCGAGCACGCGCACAGCUGUUGCGUCCUGCUGGCGAGCGAGCGCUUCCACGUCGACGGCCGGUGGCACACGCACAUUGACUACGACCGCUUCUUCGAGCUGCUGGAGGAGCGCGGGCCCGACGGCGACUGGACGCCGGAGGACUACAUGGGUCCGCCGACGCCGGAGUGGGCGCUCUGGGGCAAUGGAGGGUUCGACCCGCGUGAUGAGCGCGUGGAUCGCAAGGGGAGGAAGAAGGAAGCCAUCGUCAUUCGGGAGGCCCCCGAAUAG